AUUGUUAAUCAAGGGCGCUUCGUCUCCUGAAUGAUUGUAAUCUUUUAUCGAUGCUUGUGAGCGUGGUUAUGCGGCGACACAAUCUGCAACACCUAAAGGUAUUAGGCGUUUAUUAGUUUAUAAAACAUCGAUAAGAAAACGGCACUGAGUAGCUGUUGUUGUUACUGUUACUUGCCUGAACAUUUUGAAAUAUCCAAUAAUUAAGGUUUUUGAAUAUAUGAAAAAAUAAGUUUUCUCGUCUUACAAUUCCUACAGAUUUUUAAAAACAAUGUCACACAGUGGAUACCUUUUAUACCACAGGCACAAAGCAAAUUAUUAUAGCGAAGAAUAUAACGUAACUAAGUAAAUGUUAUUUAAUUCAUUAAAUUUUCUAUAAAUGUUAACACAUCUUAAUACUGGAGAAAACAUCAAUGAACAGGUAAUAAUGAACCGGGGUGUUGAUUACUAAGGAUAUUAUAGAAUAUCGUGUCCCAGAUAACACAAAUAGUAAUCACAAGUAUAAAUCAACCGGUUUCGUAGGAAUAGGCAUCGAUGCUCGCCUACCUUCCUGGUGUUUCCACAUUAUGGGGCCCGCGCCAGCGCCGUGUCAGAGGUCAAUUAUUCCCACUUCGCUUCGUAAACCGUAAACAAUGAUGCACUGACAGAUUGUCACUAAGUGCUUUGUUCACACUACAAAUGACAUCUGCGGCGCGUCUCCUUACACUUGUCAUGAAACAUUAUAUGUAUUAGAAUCGUGCAACUACUUCACAAUGAACGCAAUACUGUGAAACAAGCAAGCGUAUCGUAUCGGAAACGAUUGGUUAGAUGGAAUCAAUCACAAGUAAACCAACAAGAAACUGAGCAAUGCUUAUGCGUUUUAAUCAACAAUGUAUUGUUGUGGUACCUACUUACUUUACGCUACAUUUUGUUUCAGAAUUCGAUAGCGGGUACAUAGCGCUGGAGGAAACGUAUGCUACCCUCUGCCUUGCAAUCAUCUGAAUGAAGUAAGAUUUAGCUAUCUGAGUAGAUACUUGUAUGUUCGUCAUUGGGCUACACACGCGAGUGUUACCAAAGAAGCGCUGCGAGUGUCGGUUAACCUGCAGUCAAUUAACAUUUGAAUUCGAAGCAAAUUGCGAUUACCUGGUUACACAGUCAGAGGAACAUUUCGCUGCCACUAUCAUAUUAUACCUUGGAGCGAUACUUGCUCUCUCAAAUGGACAAAUUAUUCUCUGCAAUCACACAUUAAAUAUUGUAGUACUGCUGCUUACAUGUUAUCUUAGGUCGACGAUGGCUAAUAUGCAAAGGAAAAGGGAAAUAGCUCCAUGAUAGACAUGCAUUUGCUAGAGUUCGCAUAUUGAAGUCAUAAUCUUUGUCAUUUGCUCGAAGGAGGUAUACAAAGUCUUACUACAUCAGAUAUUUUAUGUAGUUAGGUAAGGGUAGUGCUAUUGACGAUUAAAUCCGGGUCUCGAUUCCGAGUCUGUACAAACAGAUUCUUCGCCUACUUAUAUUUUGUGUGAUCUUUUAAUCGAGCCGAGCCUUUUAUUUCAGAACCUACCCACUUUAAAAAAAAUAUCGGUAGGUAGGUAAAUCAGAUAAAAAAAAACAAUAGGUAGAUAGGCACUAUUUCUCUUAGUACUUAUAAGAAAGUAAUAGAAUAUUUUUAUAUAAAAAAAUACGUUUCAUUUUGAGAUCCUUGUACAUUUUUACCUUAACUUACGCAUGCAAAAACAGAGGGUUUACAAAAACAGCUUGCAACACUUAUUGGUGCCUAGGUACGAUUAUGUUCAUGGUUGAAGAAGAACAUUACUUACUGCAUAUUCAAGAAAUCUGCAAGGAAUAUAAAAAUAUAAACAACAAUUUGCAUGAGAAAAAGGAUUUACGGCAGAAUGUGCCCUCGAGCACGUCACUUGGUGUGGCGUCAGUAGGAGGGCGGCGCGUGAGCACCAUCUUAUUGCGAAAGGUACUACGAUCUCUAGUGGUGGCGGUGGUGGUUGCCUGCGCAGUCGCGAGGCCAGAGCCUCCGACGUCGUAUGGCGCCCCCUCCCAGUCCUAUAGUGCCCCCUCAUCGUCUUACGGUGCUCCCUCAUCAUCGUAUGGUGCUCCCGCGCCACAGUACGGACCGCCCCAACAGCCCAUAGUACAUAAGCAUGUUUACGUGCACGUCCCACCUCCAGACAACGACAUCCCUCAACCCCGCAAACCAAUCUGGGUGCCACCUCCUCAGAAACAUUACAAGAUAGUGUUCAUCAAGGCGCCGACUCCACCCACCCCUACUGCGCCUGUCAUUCCUGUACAGCCUCAGAAUGAGGAGAAGACUCUCGUCUACGUGUUGGUGAAGAAACCCGAGGAGCAGCCCGACAUUGUCAUCCCGACACCGGCGCCUACGCAGCCCUCAAAACCAGAGGUUUACUUCAUCAGAUACAAGACACAGAAACAGGAAGGUUAUCCGGAAUCUCCCAAGCCCGAGUACGGCCCUCCCGCUUCAGCUCCAUCGUCAGAAUACGGUGCUCCUUAAGGCGACCUCUUUGGACAAUUAUAAACCAGCUGCCCAUUUAUAGUGCUCGACCGGCUCCUUCAAACCCUCUAUCUUAGUAACCACGUUAUUUCGGUAACCUGGUUAACUAAAGUUUUUAUUGAUUAAAUAUAUGUACCUACUAGGAAUACCAAAGCUAUAAACUAUGAAGGUCUACCCGCUAUAAUCUCCGCAAUGGAGAUGGUGUGGUAGACUCUGGAACAGCUUGCUUAUUAGCUUCUGUGAGAUGAGUUUUGACGUCAAAUAUUAUAAUAUGUAUCUAUAAAUUUUCUUAUAGCAAACGGCAUUUUCGCAACAUUUUGUGUUUUUCCGUUUAAAUCUGAGGCGAAGAUGCCGAUUUCUAUGACCGAAUGACGACCAGCGUAUAAACAAGGCAUUAUUAUUUAUAGAUUAAUUAACUAGAAUAUUUUUGCAUUAGUGCCUUCGUUCUAUAAUCAAAGAAAAAGGUAUGGAACCUCAAAAUUCUAGAGAAGUCGGCCGAGAUCUGUGAUGGCAGCAAUCUGGCGUUGCGCCAAACUGUACUGCAACUUGUAUUAUUACAUCAAAUUGAUGUGAAUGUUUGUAAAUAUAUUAUUUUUAUAUGAUUAAAAUGUUUUAUAAUAAUUAA